UUUAGUACAAUUUAACGGCGGUUUUCUUCUCUCGGUUUUGAUAUUGCGUUUACCUACUGAAUAUUUUUAUAAAGCUGAGAAGCUGUUGUAAUAAUUGGAAAUAUAAAUAGAGUAUAGUAAAUAAGUGUGAAAGAAAAGCAAUGAGCUCAAAAUUGCCAAAGCCAUCGGGACUUAAGCGACCAACGGCGCUAACAAGAAAUAUACUUCCAAUGGAUCGCAUAAAAACAGCAACGUUGGGGUUUGGUUCAAAAACGGCAAAUUUGUCUAUAAGUGGAAUGGACAUUUUCCACCCACUGACUCGUGAUCUUACUAAUUUACCUAAUGGUUCUCAACGUAGAGAACGUGCACGAUCGCCAGAUAUUUCUCGUCCCAAUACUGCAAAUAUCACUGGUGCGUCGCGAAAUAGAUUGCGCCGUAGCCGGUCGGCCUGUGACAUCCGUGACAUGAGACCAAUGAAACGACCCGAAUUGACGCUUGCACCCAUUCCCGCCAAGACAACACGCCUUGCAAAUACAGGCGCUUCGAAUAAUACAGCACUACCAACACAAAUGUUCGCAUUUUCUUCAAACAGUGCAGCUUCAAAACCACCGCGUAUUGGAAACUGUACAGCCUCAUCAGCAGUAACUAAUAGAAAACAAUUAACAACACGACCUCUAGCAGGAGCGAAUGUUGGAAGCAGCACUUCAGGGCGCACUGCAAUUACGAAUACAACGACGACAACAGUUGCAACAAAGCUUUCAACUACUAAGAAAUGUACGGCGCCUAGUACUGCUACAUCUGUUUCAACCACCGGAGCUGGGAAACCCAUUAACAAACGCAUACCUCCAUAUGAUUUUAAGGCGCGGUAUAACGAUUUGUUAGAAAGGUACAAAGUACUAAAGGCGAAAUAUGAAGAAAAGUGUGAACAAAUGGGUUCAAUGGAAGGAGUACCUGAACAACUUGAGGAGUCUCAAGAACAGUUAUUUAAAACUAAAGAGGAACUGAAAAAUCUCUAUACCGAGCGUGACUGUUUGAGCCAGCAAAUCAAAUCGCUGAAUUUGAAGAUUGACUCGAUUUCGGGUUCCCUUGUCAAGACUAAGGAGGAAUUGGAAUUUAUAUUUAAUGAGCACCAGAUACUAAAAGACGCACACACCACAAUUACUAACGAAGUCAUAGAGUUACGUGAGCGAUCGAUAAGUUUGGCAGCGGAGAAUAAAAUAUUACAGGAAGAUUUGACCGCUUGCAAAGAGCAAUUGUUCCAUGCCAAUUUGGAGCGCAAGGAACUACAUAACACAAUUAUGGAUUUGCGCGGCAACAUACGUGUAUUUUGUCGUGUCCGACCGCCAUUGGACUUUGAAAGAGAAAAAUUACUUUGUGGUUGGAAUUAUAUCGAUGAGUCCACAGUUGAGAUACAGAGUUAUGAUAAUAAGAAUAAAUGUGCCGCGCAUACCUUCUCAUUCGAUCAUGUUUUUCAUCCAAACUCGAAGCAGGAGGAUAUUUUCGAAAUGGUGUCACCUUUAAUACAAUCUGCAUUGGAUGGUUACAAUAUUUGCAUAUUUGCGUACGGACAAACAGGCAGUGGCAAAACCUAUACUAUGGAUGGUAUUCCAACUAACGUAGGUGUUAUUCCGCGUACAGUUGAUUUACUUUUCGACUCUAUCAAGAAUUAUAAACGCCUUGGUUGGGACUACGAAAUCCGCGUUACUUUUCUAGAAAUCUACAAUGAAGUGCUAUACGAUCUGUUAAGCAACGAUCAAAAGGAUAUGGAAAUCCGCAUGGCCAAACAUAACAAGAAUGACAUAUAUGUUUCAAAUAUAACACAGGAGACCGUUGUGACGGCGGCUCGUUUGCGUGAGCUGAUGCAAGUGGCAAAAAUGAAUAGAGCUACAGCUUGCACCGUCGGUAAUGAGCGCUCAUCGCGUUCACAUGCUGUCACAAAAAUUGAACUUAUUGGCUAUCAUGCUGAGAAGAACGAAACAUCUGUGGGAACGAUCAAUCUCGUUGACUUGGCCGGCUCUGAGUCACCCAAGACUAGUAUACGCAUGAACGAAACGAAAAAUAUAAAUCGUUCGCUUUCCGAGCUGACAAAUGUCAUAUUGGCGUUACUGCAAAAACAGGAUCAUAUACCCUACCGCAAUUCUAAAUUAACACAUUUACUAAUGCCGUCACUAGGCGGAAAUUCAAAAACCUUGAUGUUUAUAAACGUGGCACCAUUUCUAGAUUGUUUUGUGGAGUCUGUGAAAUCAUUGCGUUUUGCGGCCUCUGUAAAUUCUUGUAAAAUGGCUAAGGCGAAACGUAAUCGUUAUUUGAAUACAUCUAGCAACAAUUUACUAUAGGAAUAGUGUCACGGCUAUAUUUAUUAACUUUUAAUAUUUUUUGUUGUUGUAAAAUUCUAUCUUGCUCCUAUUUUCCGCACAUUUUUCGAAACUCAUUUAAUCUUUUAUAUUAGUUUUGUACUUUACGUUAUUAAUUUUUAAUAAACCAGUAGGCAUCUCAAAAGAUUUCUUUUUUUGUUCGACGUUCCCACGGUUCUACGAUCCGGAUUUAUAACCGGCGAAUGCCUGUCAGCAACAUUUGCCGUAAUUGUCUGGUGAAUGUUUAUGUUGCUACGGCAACAACAUUUUUGUUUUUAUAUUUUCAAAGUUUCAUUAAUUCUUGUUUAUAAUAAUAACUCUUCGUCAUAUAGA